AUGAGACUGGCCGCAUAUGCUGGGGCCUCAGUGGUUCUAGCCACUGGUGUGUUUCUAAAAGCUCUUCAUCAGAGGUCCAAUUUCUAUUCGGCAUGCGUCUAUCUCUCUCAGAGUAGUGCGAAUCUUAUGCGACUUCUCUACGGACCCUUGCGACCAAUCGAGACCGAGCAACUAUACGAGCGCGCUUGGUUCGCCGUCACAGAGACAUGUCUGGCCAUGACCAUCUUCCGAGGCGAGCUUGGAGGCUGGUUUCUGGUCAUGUUCAUUUCGCUGCUGGUCGGCAAGGUCUGGGGUUGGAUUGGCGAAGGCCGCGUUGAGUUCUUGGAGCAACAGCCGCCGGCUAAUCCCCGGCUGUUCCAUGCUCGGCUAGCGGUAUCUCUCGUGCUGACGGUGUUAUUUAACUCCUUCAUGUUACGGUACUGUGUGAGGACCGUAAUUACGCAGGCACGGCCGGAUAUGAUGGUUAUGUUUGGAUUCGAAUUCGCCAUCUUGACGAUUCUCUCGACCUCCACCCUCCUGCGAUACGUUAUUGCGUUGACCGAGAUCUCUAUAACCCGCCAGCAAAUCAAGGCCAAGAUGCAGGAACGUCGGGACGAGAUCCGUGUCGCGCGUGUCGAGGCGAUUCGAGAGCAUGCCCGCGCAGGAGCUACCUCCCCUCCUGCCGAUCUGCCCGACGAAAACGAUGUCAAUGAGAUGGAGAUUGACGUGCCCGGGUGGGAGGAAAAGGGCCGUUGGGUCUUCUACCUGGAUCUUUUGACCGAUUUGUUGAAACUUGUGAUUUAUUUAAGCUUCUUUGCUAUUCUGCUCACAUUCUAUGGCCUCCCCAUCCACAUUCUGCGGGAUGUUGUUGUGACCAUCCGCUCGUUUGCCCGCCGCAUUAUGGACUUCAUGCGUUACCGAAAUGCGACAAGGGAUAUGCACCAAAGGUAUCCAGAUGCAACGGCAGACGAGGUCUCCCGGGAAGAUGUCUGUAUCAUCUGCCGCGAGGAAAUGAUCCCCAUUCAACCGGCGCAACCGCAACCGGCGGCUAAUGCUGCUGGAGAGCCGGCACCGCAGCCGGCACCGCAGCCCGCUGCUGGAAGCCAGCGUGUUCCUGACCGUCUACGUCCAAAAAAGCUACCAUGUGGCCAUAUUUUGCACUUUUCGUGCCUCCGAAGCUGGCUUGAGAGACAACAAAACUGCCCGACAUGUCGACGUCCUGUUGUAGCGCCCACGCGAACUCGUGGAGCUGCUGGAGUCGGUGGAAACAACGCACGUGGAGGUCAAGAUGGUGGCAUCCAGCCAGGCCAACAAGGUGCAGAUGCACAGCCACGCGCUCGGGUCUAUCAAUUUGGGCCAUUCCGUAUCGGCUUUGGAGCUGUACGUGGGGAUUUGUUCAACAAUCUUCACCCACGAGGCGAGCAAGGCCACGCGCCACAGGCUGGGGUAAACCCUCCUGCCAAUGCGCCUGGAGGACAAAUUGGGUUUGGAUUUGGGUUUGGACGCCGUCCCCAGGCCCCCGCCCCCGCUCCCGCCCCACAAGGUGCGGCCCAGCCAGGAUCGAUCGCUGCUGAAAUCAAUGAUCAGUUGUUGCAGAUCGAGCAACGGCUCAAUCAUGAGAUUUCCAGUCUUCGAGUUGCCGCGGCGCAUUUAAACCAUGUGCGCCAGCUUCGGUUGGAAUUAGAGCGGUUGCUUGCUCAGGCAAGAGCUGUUAAUCAAGAAGCUGCCGGCCAAGAAGGUGCCGGGCCACAAGUCCCACCUCCCAACGCAAUUCCAGGAUCUUCCGUCUUCGUAACGGGUCACCAGUACGGCGCAAACCCGGGCACUGAUGUUUUGAACUCUGGAGACCCUCGUCUUCCGGAGGGACUUACCCUUCCCCCUGGUUGGACUCUUCUACCCCUCCAACGAUUGGAUGAUGGUGCCAAUGGUGUGGCACAGACAGUACAGCCCACGCCUACCACUACAGUGGCAUCCCCAGCUGCGCCGGUCGUGGCCAGUGCUAUAACUUCUCAGAUCCCCACACUCCCCGUGCCAGCUCAGGAUCAAACGAGCGACAAUCUCCCUCCUGCAAAUGGAGCCUCUAGUCCACCAGUAUUGCAGCCCACGCCCACCGUCCCUUCGGUGGAUCAUCGUGCAGAAUCCCCAUCUCAAGAAUGGACCGACGUUGCACCUAGAGAGUCCUUUGAGGCCAAACCAGCUUCCUCGAUUCCUACUACAUGGGGUAGCAAUGGGGAAUUAGCAAAUAGUGUUUCUGGUCAAUCCGAGACUCACCCCGAGUCCACGUCCAAUGGCAAACGCCGGACUGCAUCGGUUGAAGAAACACCCGAUGAAGAAGUUUGA